AGGCGGCUCCUGUCCACACGCUGAAUUACUGCGACUCCUGCCCCGUCCCCGUGUGUGUUUGUGUGUCAGUUCCCGGAAGUGAAACUGAUACAUUGUGGUGACGUGAACCUGGGGUCAUGUGACGGGAUCCCCAGUCUGAGUCGACCCGCGGCGCGGAGUGAGGCGACUGUGGGACGGGGGUCGGGUUUGUAUUGUGGACCCUGUUGUGACGUUGAGGAGAGGAGAGGGCGGUGAGGAGCCAUGGGCUCGGUGAGGAUGGCCCGGUGUUGCCGCCAGGCCCUGUACCGUUGCUGCCCCCCGCUGGCCUGGCUGCCCCACUACUCCGGCCGCUGGCUGCGGAUGGACGCCCUGGCUGGACUGACCGUGGGCCUCACAGUGGUGCCACAGGCCCUGGCCUACGCCGAGAUCGCCGGACUCCCCGUGCAGUACGGUCUGUACUCGUCCUUCAUUGGCUGCUUCGUGUACUGCCUGCUGGGCACGUCCAAGGACAUCACGCUGGGCCCCACGGCCAUCAUGUCACUGCUGGUGUCCACAUACGGCCGGCACGACCCCGUCUACGCCGUGCUGCUCGCCUUCCUCUGCGGCUGCAUCCAGCUGGCGCUCGGAGCGCUGCGCCUCGGGUUCCUAGUUGACUUCAUCUCCUUCCCUGUGAUCAACGGGUUCACCAGCGCCGCGGCAAUCACCAUCGGCUUUGGGCAACUGAAGAACAUCCUUGGACUUCGUGACAUCCCCCGGCAGUUUUUCCGUGAGGUGUACUACACCUUCUACAACAUCGCCCACACCAGGUGGGGUGACGUGGUGCUGGGUGCCGCCUGCCUGCUGCUGCUCCUCCUCCUGCAGGCGGCAAAGGGGCGACUGACGCAGAAAACCGGCGCCCUGCCGGCGUUGGACCGGGUCUGCCGCGCCAUCGUGGGCUUCACCGCCACAGGUCAGCCGGGGGAGGGGAGGGGAGGGGGAGGAGAUGGUGCAGUGGAGAGGAAUUCAAGACUGAAGAAGGGUCUGGACCGGCUCCUUCUCUCCAGAGACGCUGUCUGUCCCGCUGAGUUACUCCGGCAUUUCUGUGUCUGUACUCACGAAGCGUUUCUUGGGUCUCCACAGGACUUUGGCGCGGGGCUGGCGGUCGUCCCCCUGGUGGGCUUUCUGGAGAGCAUCGCCAUCGCCAAGGCUUUCGCUGCCCAGAACGGAUACAGAGUCGACCCGAACCAGGAGCUGGUGGCCAUCGGUACAACAAACAUCCUGGGCUCCUUCUUCUCCUCCUACCCGGUGACCGGGAGUUUUGGGAGGACGGCGGUGAACUCACAGACGGGGGUGUGCAGCCCCGCUGGCGGCCUGGUCACUGGGCUGGUGGUGCUGCUGUCGCUGGCGUUCCUCACUCCGCUCUUCUUCUACGUCCCCAAGGCAGCGUUGGCUGCCGUCAUCAUCUGCGCCGUCUCCUCCGUCAUCGAUGUCCGAAUCCUCCCCGCACUCUGGAGAGUCAGCAAGCUGGACUUGCUGCCAUUCCUGGCGUCGUUCCUGGGCUGCUUUUGGGAGAUCCAGUAUGGAAUUCUAGCGGGAAUCGCCGUCUCUGGGAUCAUUCUGCUCUACAACAUUGCCAGACCAGAGGCUAAGGUGACUGACGGUGGCUAUGUGGUGGUACAGUUACAGAGCGGCUUCAGCUUCCCAGCUGCAGAAUACGUGCGGGACCAGCUCGGCAGCCGGGCUCUGGAGGCCUCCCCUCCUCGCUCGGCCGUCCUGGACUGUGUCCACAUCAGCACCAUCGAUUACACCUCCGUCAUCUGCCUCCGGGAGCUGAGCGCCACCUUCCAGCGGCACAACCUGGCCCUGAUCCUCACCAACCUCAAGCCCAAGAUUCUGUCGAUCCUGACAGCGGCCGAGAUCGAAGGGCUGCGAUACUGCAGCACAAUGGAGACCGCCGGCCAAUACCUCCGAGCCACAGAGAGUGAUCAGGAUGAAUGUGAGAAACCUCUGAGCUGGUCCUGGUCCUGAUGCGAGGUUUUGUAACAGAUCAAGUUCACUCCAUGGAGCUGGUCGGCUGCAUCAAUGUGCACAAUGUCGCCAUCUUGUGGCUACGAAUCGGGCAUCACUGGCACUUGUCGCAUUACAUCCCCUCUCGACGUCAUCCAAGGACCCAAUCGGUCAUUCCAGGUGAGGCAGAGGUUCACCUGCACCUCCUCCAACCUCAUCUACUGUAUCCGCUGUUCCAGGUGACAACUGCUCUACAUCGGCGAGACCAAGCGUAGGCUCGGCGAUCGAUUCGCCCAACACCUCCACUCAGUUCGCACUAACCAACCUGAUCUCCCGGUGGCUCAGCACUUCAACCCCUCUCAUUCCCAAUCUGACCUUUCUGUCCUGGGCCUCCUCCAUUGCCAGAGUGAGGCCCAGCGCAAAUUGGAGGAACAGCACCUCAUAUUUUCAUUGGGUAGUUUACACCCCAGCGGUAUGAACAUCGACUUCUGAUUUCAGACAGUCUUUGCUUUCUCCCUCCUUCCCCUCCCCUUCCAAGUCAAGUGAAGUUUAUUUGUCACAUACACAUACGAGAUGUGCAGUGAAAUGAAAGUGGCAAUGCUCGCGGACUUUUGUGCAAAAGACAAACAACAAAACAACCAAACAAAUUAUAAACAAAAUCAUAACACACAUAUUCUUUUACAUAAUAGAGGUGUAGCUCUCCCAGCUCUCCAACAAGCCUACAGUCUUCCGCCUCUUCCUUUCUUUCCUCCCCCCCCCCCCACCGACAUCAAUCUGAAGAAGGGUCUCGACCCGAAGCGUCGCCUAUUCCUUGUCUCCAUAGAUACUGCCUCACAAGCUGAGUAUCUCCAGCAUUUUAUGUCUACUGGGACUUGUACUGGGCAGCAGCAAGCCUGCUCCUUGUAUCUCCAGCAAACAGCGUAACUAAUGCAGGAAUGUCACUGAUCUAUCUCUCCCUCCCAACCCCAUUCUCCGGUCUUCUCCCCACAACCCCUGACACCCGUCCAAACCAAGAAUCUACCUAGCUCUGCCUUAAAUAUAUCCAUUGACGGCCUCCACAGCCGCCUGUGGCAAUGAAUUCCACAGAUUCACCACCCUCUGACUGAAGAAAUUCCUCCUCGUCUCCUUUCAAAAGGUACAUCCUUUUAUUCUGAGGCCAUGGCCUCCCCUCCUGACUCUCCCACUAGUGGAAACAUCCUCUCCACAUCCACUCUAUCCAGGCCUUUCCCUAUUCUGUAAGUUUCAAUGAGGUCCCCCCUUCAACCGUCUAAACUCCAGCGAGUACAGGCCUAGUGCUGACAAGCGCUCAUCACAUGUUAACCAGGUCAACCUCCUCUGGACCCUCUCCAACACCAGCACAUCUUUCCUCAGAGAGGCGGCCCAAAACUGCUCACAAUAAUGUUGAUUAUUAAUGUAUAUUCUAAGCCUCGGUCAUUCCCCUUGCUCUGUGUUUUGCCCCUCCCCGGUAAGCUUUGGUCCAUUUCUACAUAACCAACAAAUAAUGUAGGGGCAAGGAUCAGUGACAUGUAUGAGAGGCAUUUCCAGCAAUUCAGUGACCCCCUCAGAUUCCUACGAAAUCAUUUCCCCCUUCACCUUAAACCUAUGCCCUCUGGUUCUUGAAUUCCCCUAUUCUGGGCAAGAAAGUAUGCAUCUACCCGAUCUAUUCCUCUCCUGAUUUUAUACACCUCUAUAAGAUCACUGCUCACCCUCCUGCGCUCCAAAGAAGAGUCCCAUCCUGAUCAACCUCUCCCCUAUAGCUCAAACCCUCGAGUCCUGGCAACCUCCUUGUAAACUUUCUCUGUACCCUUCCCAACUUGACAACGUCUUUCCUACAACAUGGUGCCCAGAACUGAACACAAUACUCUAAAUGUGGCCUCGCCGACAUCUUAUACAACUGGAGCAUGACUUCCCAACUUCUACACUCAAUAUGUGUUGGAAGGAACUGCUGAUGCUGGUUUACACUGAAGAUAGACACAAAAUGCUGGAGUAACUCAGCAGAUCAGGCAAAGGGAAUAACAUUUAGUGCAAGAUAAAGUAAAGUCCAAUUAAAGAGGUAGAGGUCAGGGCCGAUCUUUAGUCUGAGGAAGGGUCUCGACCCAAAACGUCACCCAUUCCUUCACUCCAGAGAUGCUGCCUGUCCUGCUGAGCUAGUCCUGCAUUUUGUGUCUAUCCUCUAUACUCAAUAGUUUAGUUUGCAGGUUUGUGAAGGUCAGCACUUUAUUUAGACCUUACCCAAGAAGCAAGGCUUUUUCAUAAGUUGGCAAUGGAUCAGCCUGGUGUAGGUCAAAGUUCCAAGCGGAAUACUGUAGACAAUUAGUUGCUGCAUUUCCUGAUGCACUCCUUUCUCUUGGAACAGUUUACAUUGGAAAAUUUGGGGAGCAAACAUUUACGGCUUGAAGGAAACUUGAUUUUCGUCAGAAGAAUUUUAAUGGUGAACUUGUUUACAGUGAAGGGCUUUACAGUAGUUAGUAAUCCGAUCCUAAAACUGAAUCAUUGAAGUGGUUCCAUCUCAGCCUUUCUCACUCUUACAGGGGGAAUCGGGCAGCUGAUAGAAUCUUUGUGCGUUGCAUCGAGUUAUGAUGAGCACAGGAUUAGAUGGAAACUGUUUUAAAUAAAAUUCUGAUUAACUCCAAUCGGUGUCUGUAAAUGUCGCUGUGGGACUGUCAGUGGCCACAGUAACUCAACACUGUUUUAAUCAAAGAUAAUUAAAGUGAUUUUGAAAGUAA